ACAUUCACACCCCAUAUGGCAUCAUAGGAAUUAAGAGAGAGAGGGGAUACAGACCAGAGCACGUUGCUACGCAAGGUCUAUCUGUCUCUGUCCGCCUGUCUGUCUUUGUGAUUUCUCUGUUUGUUUUAUUUCCUUCCCGAGCUGGACAUCCCUCCCUCUGCUUUCCUCCUUUGGAGAUUCAUCAUAUAUCCUUCUCAACAGCUGAUCCCCACUUCUGCCUUCUCAAUCUCUUCUCUUCUUUUGCUUUUCUUUUUCUUCGGGAUCUCACUUAAAGAAGCUAAGCGAUUCUGGACUUGGAUUAGAAGAAGAAGAAGAGUUCACUUUCGUUGCAGCGGAGGUUAGGUUUGCGGUGAUCGUGGUUGUCGGAGAGAACAAGGAAGACAACGACAACCACGAUGAGUAACAGCAGCAACAAUAUGGGGCAGCAGUUUGGGGAUACAACACUGACGAAGGUGUUCGUAGGGGGAUUGGCAUGGGAAACGCAGAAGGAGACCAUGAGAGAGCACUUCGAGAAGUAUGGCGAGAUAUUGGAGGCUGUCAUCAUCUCCGACAAGGUUACCGGUCGCUCCAAGGGCUAUGGAUUCGUGACGUUCAAGGAGGCUGAAGCGGCGACGAAGGCGUGCGAGGACGCGACACCGGUGAUUAACUGUCGCCGAGCUAACUGCAACUUGGCUUCGCUUGGGGCUCGUCACCCUAGGUCCAACUCCUCUUCCUCCUCCACUCCCCAAGGGGGACCACCCCUGCAACUACAAGGAUCUAACGCUGGAGCGAGGUCCACGUCAUCCACACCAGCAACUCCAGUGCAGUGGUACUACCCGGCCGGGACACCGGCUUCCCCCUACCACCAUCACCAUCAUGCCGUUCCUUUCUACGGAUACUCCCCCACCUACAUCGCCGCCGAUUACGCUUACAACCCAAAACUAAGCUACAGUGGGGGUGCCUACGUGAACGGGGCUCACUUCUCACAAAUGUAUGGACCAGGAGGAGGAGGGCAAGCGAUGGUGAACCCCAACACGGUGAUGCCGGUGUAUCCAUACUACAAAUUUCAUCAAUCGCAGACUAUGGGAGUACCUGCUCACAUGUUCUCACCUAGGACAGCUGGCCCCAUCACGACCGUCCCUACUCUCAUCUCGAAGCCUCCAGCCAUGGCUUCUAACGCAGUUUGUUUGGCUGUGGAAUAGGUACAGGGACUCAAGGGAGAGUCUUAGAAAAGGAGGUCCAAAAUUCUUGAAAGAAAAGUUCUAAAUAACAAAAGGAAGACAGGAGGCUGAUGCUGUUCAAGAAGCAGGGCAACCAUCUUACUCUCUCUCUCUCCGUUAUUAUUAUUUUUUUAAAAUUUAGGUUUUUAUAUGACACAAUUCAUUCUCUCUAACCUGUAUCUCAAUUCUCAAUCUCACCUAGAGAUGCAACCUCCCCCAAGAAAAGAAGAAAAAGAACAACUGAAAUGUAACAGAAGGUCAUGUCUGUCUACCUCUUAUAUUUUAUGGUAAGCAUGUAUUGGCCUCAUUCAAAUUUAAUAGAACUUGCCUCUUCACAUAA